AUGAACACGACGAGCCUGCGGGAUGCGCUGACGACCCUCGGCAUCUCUGCCGCGACCCCUGGCGUCCGCGGCGACGACCGCCGUGCGAUUCUCCUCGCUCGAUAUGAAGAAGCGAUUGGCACGUCGCCGCCGGGCAAACUGGCCGGUUCCAGUUGCGACGCCAGGAACAUGACGGACUUGCGGCGAGAGCUCGAGCAGCUCGGCAUUAGCACCAACACCCCUGGCCUCCGUGGGGACGAGCGGCGGGCGACGUUGCUGCAACGACUGCAGCAACAUCGAAACAUGAGCGGUGCGGGCAGCGGCGGGACGACGAGCUAUCUUGUUCCCCAAAAGUCUACAAGUGCUUGGCUUCCAGAGCCUGCGCAUGACGACAACAACCAAACGGCCACGACAUUAAACACACCGACAAAAGCAACUGACAGCACGGGAGAUGACUAUGACGGGACGACCGAAUCGACAUCGCCCAUGAAGCGCAGUCAGAAGCAGAAGCUGCAAGCGAGCCAGCUCAAAGCUGAAAUUCAAUCGAUUCAAAAGGCGCGGUCGGCUGCGAUUGCGGCUGCGCUCGGCGAGGACACUGUCGCAUUCUACACGCAAAAGCUGCUGGAUGUCGACCACCAGAAGAUGGAAGGGGCUGCGUCCAUGACACAGGCAGCGAUGGACUCUUUGGUCGAGAUCGAGGCGGCGCUGCGCGACAAACUGAGAGCUGCCAACGACAAGGAACUGCGCGUUCGGGAGGUCGAGCGCAACAACAAUGAAUACGGAGUCCACGUGGAGCACGAAAAGGUGCAGUUGCUGCGCAACCUUCAAGAAGAGAUUGCUCGCGAGGGCAUCCAAGGCUUCCACGACCUCGUUCGCAUUGCCGGGCAGGAUGAAGAACACCCAACCCCCUCGAGACCUCCGCCGUCGCCAACGAAACACGCGAAAGCAGCACGCAAGAACCCUCUGCUCACGAUGACGACGCUGGACGACUUGCGGCGCCAGACGUUGCCAGUCGUGUCCAAGACAGAUAUGGUGGGGCGGGCUGGGCAACGCGAUCGCACGACCACAUUCGACUUCACUCCCGACGUGGCCUCGCACAGCCGCGCCGACAAACUCGGGCGGAAAGCGUUCUUCCUCCACAAAGUCAAAGGCGACUUUGCACAAGCAGAAGAGGCGUACACCCAAGCGAUCGAGCUCGAUCCAACGCAUGGCGUUAAUUUGGGCCACUUUGCCAUGUUUUUGGACCACAUCGCGCAGCGCGCUGACGACGCGGAAGAGUAUUACCUCCGUGCGAUCGAUGCGACCGCGGACAACGCUCUCCAUCUCUCCCAUUACGCAAACUUCCUCCAACGCGUUCGCGGGGACGCUCACCGUGCCGAAGCGUAUUACGUCCGCUGCAUGACGGCAUUUCCACGUCACGCCAGCAACUUGGGCAACUACGCCAACUUUCUGCGGUAUACCAAGCGGGAUCUAGUCCAAGCCGAAGCGUGCUUUGUGAAAGCGCUCAAGAUGGACCCGACGCACGUCAACAACCUGUCGCAGUACGCGUCGCUGCUGAGUGAAAUGGGCAAACUUGAACAUGCAGAUGCCAUGUACCAAAAGGCCAUGCAGAUGGACAACGAGAACGUCACCAUUUGUGGAAACUACGCGAAUCUACUCGUCAAGAGGCGGCAACUCCCCGCUGCCAAAGCGCUGUAUUUGAAGGCGAUGGCGCUGGACCGGGAAAAUUUGCAUACUCAGCAAAACUACGCUCUCUUUCUGCGCGACCAUCCCUCCAUGCGCACGGGCGAGACGAGACCGAUCAAGAUGCACCCAAAGGAUCGGUGGGUGCAGCUCAAACAAGACACCACACUUCUCGUCAAAGCCUCCACGGCCUUUCGCAUCAAGUAGCACAAUCCCCAGCAAAAACGGAUUGCAUGUUUAUAUUCCGGUAUCGGGUGGCACGGCGUACGAAGAAGACAGAGUUGGUAAACUGCAGAAUGAAAUGGCAGAGACAUGCUGUAUGGUUGUG